AACAAAAACUCAUUUCCAGCAAAUGCAAAUCAUCAUUUCCCUAUUUUUUCUCCUUUCUCUUGCAUAAAAAUAAAAUAUCCAAAUCCCAAAAUCCGUUUGCAAGUGAUUCGAUUUACUCAAAGCCUCUGUUCCAUCAAUGGCUCACUUGAAGGAAAAUAUUUCUUCAUUCUUCAACAAUAGAUGGCUGGUUUUUGUUGUUGCAGUGUGGAUUCAGUCUUGUGCUGGAAUUGGGUAUCUGUUUGGGAGCCUUUCGCCGACAAUAAAACGUUCAUUGAAUUAUAAUCAGAGGCAAAUAGCGAGGUUGGGGGUUGCAAAGGACUUGGGGGAUAGCGUCGGAUUUUUGGCCGGAACUUUAUCGGAGAUUUUGCCUUUAUGGGGUGCUCUUCUUAUUGGUGCUAUUCAGAAUUUCGUCGGAUAUGGCUGGGUUUGGCUUAUCGUCACCGGCAGAACUCCGGCUUUGCCGUUAUGGGCUAUGUGCAUUCUUAUAUUUGUUGGAACAAAUGGUGAGACAUACUUCAACACGGCAGCUUUGGUGUCUUGUGUGCAAAAUUUCCCCAAAAGCCGUGGUCCGGUUGUCGGAAUAUUGAAGGGUUUUGCUGGAUUGGCAGGUGCAAUUUUGACUCAAAUAUAUGCUGUGAUGCAUUCCCCGGACCAUGCGUCACUCUUAUUUAUGGUUGCAGUCGGGCCAACAAUGGUGGUCAUUGCUCUAAUGUUCAUCAUAAGACCCGUUGGAGGUCACAAACAAGUUAGAUUAUCCGAUGGAUUUAGUUUUUCAAUCGUUUAUAGCAUAUGCCUCCUUUUGGCUGCUUAUUUGAUGGGUGUCAUGCUUGUGGAAGAUCUUGUGGAUUUGAGCCACACUGUUAUUACAAUAUUCACGGUGAUUUUGUUUAUUCUGCUGUUUAUCCCCAUCGCAAUCCCUAUCACGUUGAGCUUCUCUCAGGGGCCAAGAAUUCCAGCAGAAGAGGCACUUCUAUCCGAGUCGCAGAAACAAGAACCGACGAAAUACGAAGACGAUACUCAAGAGAUCAUAUUUAGUGAAGUUGAAGACGAAAAACCAAAAGACGUAGAUAUGCUUCCGGCUUUGGAGCGCCAAAAAAGAAUCGCCCAACUGCAGGCAAAACUAGCUCAAGCAGCUGCAGAAGGAGCAGUUAGAAUUAAGAAGCAAAGGCCGCAUAGAGGAGAGGACUUUACCUUGACAGAGGCAUUGAUAAAGGCAGAUUUUUGGCUUAUAUUCUUCUCUCUUUUGUUAGGCUCUGGUUCUGGCUUGACAGUAAUUGACAAUUUAGGUCAGAUGAGUGAGUCCUUGGGGUAUGAUAAUACCCAUGUAUUUGUUUCCAUGAUCAGCAUUUGGAACUUUCUAGGCCGGGUUGGAGGCGGUUACUUCUCCGAGAAAAUCGUCAGGGAGUAUGCAUAUCCAAGGCAUGUGGCUAUGGCCGCUGCCCAAGCCAUAAUGGCGGUUGGACAUUUUAUCUUCGCUAUGGGUUGGCCCGGGGCAAUGUACAUUGGAACUCUUCUAGUUGGUCUUGGCUACGGAGCCCACUGGGCAAUAGUUCCUGCUGCAGCCUCAGAACUGUUUGGUUUGAAAAAAUUCGGGGCUUUGUACAAUUUUCUCACGCUAGCGAAUCCUGCAGGUUCUUUAGUACUCUCGGGCGUCAUUGCCAGCAGCAUAUACGACAGAGAGGCAGAAAAACAAGCUCAUAUGCACCAUCAUGGCCAACGUAGUUUCUUGUCAAGUUUGUCGAGUUUUGUCUAUUUGGACGAACCACUGAAGUGCACUGGUGCUAUUUGCUUCUUCUUAACUUCCUUAAUAAUGUCUGGACUUUGCAUCAUUGCAGCUGUUUUAAGCAUGAUUCUUGUCUAUCGGACAAAGACCGUCUAUGCUCAUCUUUACGGAAGAUCUCAAGGAUAAUCUGUCAUAAGCUUCGUCGAUCAGAAUUAAGAAUUUAUAGCAGAAUAGAAGUUCAACAUGUGUGCAGGUUUCUUAAAUUAUUUCCUUGAUUAUCAAUGUUUCUAAACUGCUUAAGAGAAAAGCAUCGGAGUAGAAUCGAAAAAACUCCGGUCGAGAGUGAGAUCAAGUCUGCAGAUUGGGAGUGGGAUGUGUACUUUUGUUUGGAUUUUUGUUGUAAUUUCAUAUUAUAUAUUUAUAUUCUUUGGUCCAAUUGAUAUUAUUGGAAGAAAAUUUCAUCACCAAAGGCAGUUUGUCGAAUAAAGUCUCAAAGAUUUCUUUGUACAUCUAAA